AUGAGAACCGUCCUUUCUUUUGCCAUGUUUGCACUUGCUGCGUCUGCCCCCACCCCAGAGGCUACGAAAAACAGCCCAGAGAGUUUACCAUCUUCUAUUUCAUCUUUGCACCUUGCCAACGAUGACAUUGUUAUAUACGGUGUCAACGGCGAGUACAAGGUCAUUAAAGAGACCGAAUUUCAGAAUCUGACCGCUGCCGGCAUUCUGACCUAUAAUGGCAACGAUCAAGUUAACACACCCGACCUCUCUAGUGUCUCGAAAGAACUGGAAGCCCGCGACUGCGAUGGGCGCAACAUCGAGUAUGAAAUCACCAACACUAAUGACUUUCUGGACUGGGAUGUCCAGGUCUCCCCCGUCAUUGGGGCACAGCAGGCACCCGUACUUAUUGCCAUCGCGCGGGGUUAUCAAGUGGCAGACGCGGUCUCUGUGGCGGAGACUGCGGGCAUCGAAGCUGAAGGCCUCUCUCUUAGCCUUAAGAUUGAGUACCAGACAACUUGGACUACUACUGAUACGACUACGAUCACUUAUACAGUUCCUACGGGACAAUACGGCGUCAUCGUUAGCCAGCCCUGGGUCCACCGCAUAUCCGGUACCGCCUACAGCUCGUGCGGCACUGGCGAGGCAACUCGAGAGAACUUUAUGGUUACGACCCAUACAAGCCAAACCUACGGGAACUUGAACUGGGUUAAGGGGGUCUUCCGCCUCUGUGCGAAUACAAACUAUCCUGUGCCUUAUUGCAACGGUCAGGGCUCUCAUUACUGA